AUGGUAGAAGUGACCAUGAUCUCUUCAAGCCUAGUCCGACCCAAAAACAUAGACCAAUCGGGUCGGCCUACGAUCCAUCUAACUCCACAUGAUCUUGACCUUCUUUAUCUUUUUUAUCCUCAAAGAGGUCUUCUCUUCCCCAAACCCGACCCUGAAACCUGUAUCAUCCCUCGAUUAAAGGCCGCUCUUUCAACUGCCUUGGAGGUUUAUUUCCCAUUCGCUGGUCGUCUCGUCAAAGUGGACAAUCAGGAAGACAAUACGGUUUCGUUUCACGUCGAGAGUGAUGGCUCUGGCGCAAAAUUCAUCCACGCCAAAGCCGAAUCUGUUUCCAUGAAUGAUCUCCUUCAACCUCAUGGAUCUGUUCCUGAUUUCAUUACGCUUUUUUUCCCCUCGAAAGAUGUUGUAAGCCGUGACGCUCUCAUCUCUGAGCCCUUGCUUGCGUUGCAAGUUACCGAGAUGAAAGAUGGAGUUUUCAUCAGUUUCGGUUACAAUCACAUGGUGGCCGAUGGUUCUUCGUUUUGGAGUUUCUUCCAAACUUGGUCCAAGAUUUGUCUCAAUGGUUCCGGUUCAGAUAAUUUUCAGCCUCUGGUCCUCAAAGAUUGGUUCCACGAAAAGAUCUAUUUCCCGAUCCAUAUUCCAGUUUUCAAGACCGAGACGCCAUCAAAUCGUGAAACUUCAACUAAAGAGAGAAUUUUUCACUUCACAAAGAAGAAAAUCUCAUAUCUCAAAGCUAAAGCCAAUGACGAAAUUGGCUCCAUUGAUUCAAAUAUCUCUUCUCUUCAAGUAGUUGUAGCAUAUCUAUGGCUAUCAAUUAUCAGGCACAGUGGUCUAAACAGAGAAGAAGAAACGCAAUGCAAAGUAGCUGCGGAUAUGAGGCAUAGGCUAAACCCUCCCAUAGAGAAAGAGUGUUUCGGGAAUGUGACCGAUCUCGCUACAGCGAUGUCCACCGUGGGAGACUUGUUGGACCAUGGGCUAGGCUGGACUGCUUUGCAAAUAAGUAAAUCUGUGAGGUCACAAACGAAUGAAAGCUAUAAAACUUUUGCUGAGAAUUGGGUUAGAAAUGUAACCACCCCAAAAAUAGGUGCUGGAAACAGAUUGGCUGAUAACUCUUUGAUCGUUGCAAGCUCGCCGCGGUUUGAAGUGUACGAUCAUGAUUUCGGUUGGGGAAAACCGAUUGCGGCCCGAGCUGGACCGGGUAAUGGUAUUGGUGGUUUACUCGUUAUGUUUCGUGGAGUUGAAGAAGGAAGUAUUGAUGUCCAUGCGGCCUUGACGUCAAAUUUAUGGUCUGAUGUACUAUUGAACCUAUUGGUCGAAUAAUUAUUUGGUAAAUAA